UCAAUGUUGCUGUGGAUUGGAGCAGUUCUUUGCUUCUUGGCUUACGGCAUUGUAGCUGCCACAGAAGAGGACCCUAGUAAUGAUAAUCUCUAUCUUGGUGUGGUGCUGUCAGCUGUUGUCAUCAUCACGGGUUGUUUCUCCUACUAUCAAGAAGCGAAAAGUUCGAAGAUCAUGGAAUCCUUCAAAAACAUGGUUCCUCAGCAAGCUCUCGUGAUUCGAAAUGGUGAAAAAAUGAGCAUCAACGCAGAAGAAGUGGUUGUUGGGGAUCUGGUGGAAGUGAAAGGUGGAGACAGAAUCCCUGCAGAUUUGAGAAUCAUUUCUGCGAACGGCUGCAAGGUGGAUAACUCCUCGCUCACUGGAGAAUCCGAGCCUCAGACCAGGUCUCCGGAUUUCACAAAUGAGAACCCUCUGGAGACAAGGAACAUUGCCUUUUUUUCAACCAACUGUGUUGAAGGCACAGCACGUGGUAUUGUUGUAUACACUGGGGAUCGCACUGUGAUGGGACGAAUUGCCACACUUGCUUCUGGACUACAAGGUGGUCAGUGCAUUGAGGUGUGCUGCGGUUCGGUGAAGGAGAUGAGGGAGCAGUACGCCAAGAUUGCAGAGAUACCUUUCAACUCCACCAACAAGUACCAGCUGUCUAUUCAUAAGAACCCCAACACAUCCGAACCCCGGCACCUACUGGUUAUGAAGGGAGCUCCAGAGAGGAUCUUGGACCGCUGCAGUUCCAUCCUUCUCCAUGGCAAGGAGCAGCCCCUGGAUGAG